AUGACACCCGUGUGCACCUGGUUCAACGUCACACCUCAAGACGUUACCGUAACUAUUCAAAAUGAUGGAAGCACCGUCUGGUUGAAAAUUUACAACUUGACAACAUGUCCUGAAACCGUUCAAGGCCUCAACAUGGUUUCAGUGACUUGGAAAACAAGAGAAAAUUUUAAAACUCAGACUUGGUCGAGAGAUUAUUGCCCAAGUACGACGUGUGAUACCUAUGGACCGGUAUUACAAUGGAUGAUUUUCGUCAAUGGGAACACUUACAGGUUGGAUUACAUUGGUCUUUCGAAAAACGGAUUUUCUUUGUCACCCUUAUAGGAGAUAUAGUCUGUGUGCCACGACUUGAAAUUUCACCGAACGACGUUCCGCUGCAUACGGUCGCGAAGCGUCUUUGCCUUUGCGGAUCUAGGUCACCCUUCCAGACUAUUUUUAUUGCUGAUAGAUGGAUUGUUCCACUGCGAGUAUUGGAAUGAAAAAAAAAAAUUGAAAGCGCGACCGAGAUUCGCAAAGGCGCCCGGCGGAACAACGGAAUGUUGUUCGGUGAAAUUUCAAGUCGUGGUACACAGACUAUAAUGACAUGGAAAGUACACUAUGCGUUAGGUAAUUUUUUUGAUAGUGGCCAUAAUAUUCUUUAUUUACCAGAUGAAUAUCCUGAAACUCCUGCACAGCUUUCACCCUUUCUAAACCCGAAAAACCCGUUAAAAAGCUAUUUAUCCAACUUUGAGCCCUCCUUUCUCCCUCACUAGAAAUUAUUGUAGGUUGAGACUUUUUUGACAAUAACUUGGUACAUCCAGUGAAAAUUCUGAUCAAUUUCUAGGAAUUUCCUAAGCAGAAAUCGAAGUGACGUUCCUGGUCAGGAAAGGUAGACGGCCAUUAGAAAUGGUCUGCCUUGGGAGGUUCUUUUUGAUGAAGACUUUGAAAAAACAAAACCGGAAAAUUUUUUCAAAGACAACCUAUAUUUAGCACAAUCACGCAAAGAUACUCGAACUCAACGUGUUCGGCCGAAUGCGAAACUCCGAAUGAUCAUUGCCCCGGGGCAUUGGGAACCCUUUUGGAUGGAACGGAGGAUGACGAGUAUUAUUGUAUCAAGCCGCCUGGUUUCGGCUGA